AUGGAACCUCCACGCACUUCCCGGCUUCUGGACCCCACGUCCGCCAUCAGCGCCAUCACUAAACACAAAGCAGAGGCCAUCAAGCUCGCGAGAGAGCAGGCUACUGCGGUCCAGGAGAUGUGCCGGCGAGCUAAAACAGAAACCCCGCCUUAUGAAUUCGAAGAAUUGAUCGGCAAGGGCUCCUACGGUCGCGUGUACAAGGGCCAUCAGCUUCCAUCAGAGAAAGUCGUUGCCAUCAAAGUCAUGGACAUUGACUCCUUAGACUAUAAGUCUUUGCGUGAUAUGAAGGAUGAAUCGAUCAAAGAUUUCAUCCAUGAGACCAAAGUCAUGAAACAGGUCAAAGAUGCGGGCGCAAAGAACAUCAACGAACUGAUCGAAGCCAUCUCAAUUCACUCGCAACUGUGGCUAGUUUGUGAGUACUGCCCUGGUGGUAGUGUUCGAACUCUGAUGCGCGCAACCAAUGAUCGGCUUGACGAGAAAUUCGCAAUCCCAGUGGCACGUGAGCUUGCUGCUGGCUUACGGGCAAUCCAUGAUGCGGGCAUCAUUCAUCGAGACAUUAAAGCUGCCAACGUCUUGAUUCACGAAGAGGGCCGUCUGCAAAUCUGCGAUUUCGGAGUCGCCGGUGUUCUGCAAUCCCAGUUAGAUAAACGAUCAACCUGGAUAGGAACACCCCACUGGAUGCCACCAGAAAUGUUCUCCACUCGUGGUCAGGCUCACCAAUAUGGUAGCGAGAUUGAUGUUUGGGCGUACGGAUGUACUCUAUUUGAACUAGCGACCGGAAACCCGCCAAAUGCCAACCUGCGCGAGAGAAUGCAAAUUGGCAGACAGUUGAACAGAACUACACCAAAGCUCGACAAUGAAAGAUACAGCGAUGGGCUCAAAAGCCUUGUUGCCUUCUCACUCGAAUCUGAUCCUUUCCGUCGACCUACCAUGGCAGAUGUGCAACAGCAUCCCUACAUUGCCAACUCAGAAGAAGAAUACCCUACAUCCUCUCUUAGCGAGCUGGUUCGUAUCUACUACCAAUGGUCGCAGCGAGGCGGCCAGAGAAUCUCAUUGUUCCAUCCUGGCGGUGCCGCCGCUGCAGAGAUGCCUGGAGCCCCGACGGAUGCAGAGGAAGACUGGAAUUUCAGCACCACAGAUGGUUUUGAAAAGAGAUUCUCUAUCAUUGACCUUGACCAGAUAGCUGCCUCUCUGGCUGAAAUGGAAGAAGAGAUCAGCCCUACCAAGACCCAACACAACCAAGACUCCGUUGACGAACUCACUGCUACCGCAAUGACCAAGGAAGAUCAAGUGAACUUUGAUGAACGCGUCCGCCGAGGUGCCGAAGCCAUGGAAGGACUUUUCAACGAAGAAAUGCCCAGCUACACAUAUGAAACCAAAAAUGACUUUGUACCCUUUGAGGACAAGCCGGUAUCUGAUCUUCCACUUCGCACAGACACUGAUCGAUCUUCUGUCACAUCCACAUUUAUUGAUAUCGACAUUGGCGCAUUUGAUUCGUCACACUAUGCUGCCGGAGCAUCUGCUCCCCAGCCGUUCCAGCUCGCAGAUGCAGACACCAUCCGAGCCAACAGGUCCAGUGGCCGCGCGCACCGCAAUUCCAACGAGAGUCGUUCUCGCUCAUCAAGCAGCGGCUUCAGCAGUAACCGCGACUCUCAGGAUGUUCCUUUCCAGCCUUCGACUGGACCGCGCCCUCCUACCAUGGACUGGAAGUUCCCUGUCUUCAUGCAGCCUCCCCAGGAAGAGGAGGUAGAAGCCGAGCCAGAGGCACCGGCGCCGCCUCCUUCUGAGCCGGCCCCCGCCGAACCCGACCUUGCGGCAAAGCGGGCAACCAUGGAAUGGACAUUCCCUGUCAUGACAGCAGCCGCCGCUGGCCAGGACAACGACGAAAGCGCGGUGGAUCCCGCUCGCUAUGAAACACUCAGAGCCCCGGUCCUCGAACUCGAACCUUCGGCCACCAUCCGUCCUUCUAGUAUCGGUGAACCAGGCGACUCUCGGCCGUCAACAUCGGCGUCUGCCAAGUCGAGCAUCUCAAUCAGCUCGGACACGGACUAUGAUCCGUUCCGUUUCGAUCGGCCGGCAGACUCUCCGGAGGCAGAGUUCCCGGAGAUCGUCGAGUCCAGCGACGAUGCCGAAGAAGACGACCGUUCUUCGGUCCUUGAUGGGCCUGGGCCAGACGAGGAGGAGAGUCCCCAGGAGCCGUUCCCAGCGGCCCACGCCGAGCCAUUGGCCACGGCUCGGCGUGAGCCUCCGCUGACAGCAAGGCCGGGUAUUGAGUCAAUUCAAUUCCCGGCCUUGCUGCCACCUCGCCCCGAGGUCCUCAUCGAGGGGGCUGACGAGGGCGAGGUGACCGCGGAGCUGGAUCGGCUCCUGGGGGACUUUUUACAGGCCCUCUCCGCCACUGGAGAGGCGCUUUCGAAGACGACCAUCGAGGCCGAGUCCAACCAUGAUGUGGACUCGGCCUCGAUGGGGCCUGAGUGAUCGUUUUUUCUUUUUUCUUUCUUUCUCUUUUUCUUUUUUUAUUUUUAUCUUAUUCUUAUCCGUGACGAUUUACGAUUGCAAG